AUGACGAAGGGUACAGUGCAGAUCAAACGAUCACUGGGUGGUAAUAUCAGGGAACGUUUCACAGAAUACCAGCUGGAAAGGAAACCGCCAAAAACACGACCAGAAUAUUACGACGUCAUAUUCUUCAAUGGUAAAAAGAAAGAUAGUUUCUUAUGGACAUUCGAUGACAACAUUGUACAACAGAUGCUCACUUGUGUGAAGAAGAGAGAAUUAAAAGAUACUGUUAACCAUGAUAUUAAGUCCCUACUAGAUAACGUCAUAGAUCGCGAUAUCAAAAAGACUCUGGAGAAAAUUAAAGCACUGAGAGAAGAUACUACUUCAUUUGAGCAGAACUUCGCGGUAAAAUUAAUAGAAGAUGUGAAUUUGUUUCUUGAUCCGAUGUCCGAGGGAACAUAUAUAAUUAGUGUUUUAGGACCCAUCCUUAACGACUUCUACUUAAAAAAUAAGAAAGUCUGGUAUGCCUCGUACGGAAAGACUUGCCUCAAGGCAAGCGCCAAAGACGGUAAUUCCCAAAAAGCAGAUGAUGAACGCCGAUCUAUGAGGAAAAAAAUCGAUGUUAUUCUUUCACUGAGAGAAGAAGAUGAAGAGUUCUCCGUAAUUGAAGUUAGUGGCCCGCCGAUUGGUCGCACUUCAAAGGCGAUCGCAUGA